AAAAUUAAGAUUAUAUAUAUUUAAGGUUAUAAGAACAACAACAAGAUGAGUAUGAAGUUGAACAUGGUGACUACUCUGGCCUUCAUACUAUUAUAUGUUUCAUUUGUGAGAUCCCAAUCUGGUGGUGCCGCCACUCCUGCUGGUGCCGCUUCUGCUGGUGCCGCUCCUGCUGGUGCCACUCCUGCUGGUGCCACUCCUGCUGGUGCCGCUGCUGCUGGUGCCACUCCUGCUGGUGCCGCUGCUGCUGGUGCCACUCCUGGUGGUGCCAUUUUCGAUGUUACAAAGUACGGUGCUAAACCUAAUGCUGAUAUCACUCAGGCUUUGGCAGAUGCAUGGAAGGAAGCUUGUGCAUCAACGAGUCCAUGUAAAAUAGUUAUUCCCACCGGGACUUACAAGUUGGGUACAAUUGAGUUAAAAGGAGAAUGCAAAAGUCCCAUCGAAAUUCAAGUACAAGGAACGUUGCAAGCACCACCGGAUCUAACAGGUGAAGAUUGGGUUCAUUUCAAGUAUAUCGAUUAUUUGUCGGUAACAAGUGGUGGAGUUUUUGAUGGACAAGGAAAACAAGCUUGGGAAAGCAACGAUUGUGAUAAAAACCCAAAAUGUGCAAGAAUUCCCAUGAACUUAAAGUUCAGCUUUAUAAAGAAUGCAAUUGUGAGUGACAUAACCUCUAAAGAUAGCAAGAACUUCCAUAUCCAAGUGUUGGGGUGCAAUAACCUUACCUUCCAACACGUAAAUGUAAAUGCGCCAGAAACUAGUAUUAACACUGAUGGAAUUCACAUCGGGCGUUCUCUUGGAAUUAAUAUAUUAAACACAAACAUCGGUACUGGAGACGAUUGUAUCUCACUUGGAGAUGGAAGCAAACAAGUAACAAUCACAAAUGUGACAUGUGGGCCUGGACAUGGUAUAAGCGUAGGAAGUCUAGGAAGGUAUAAUCUUGAAGAACCAGUUGAGGGACUUCAAGUUAAGAAUUGUACGUUGACUGGUACAACAAAUGGCUUGAGAAUUAAAACAUGGCCAGCUUCACCUGCUGCUGGAGUAGCUUCUGAUAUGCAUUAUGAAGAUGUAGUGAUGAAUAAUGUCAUGAAUCCCAUUUUGAUAGAUCAAGAAUAUUGUCCAUACAACCAAUGCAAUAAACAGGUACCAUCUAAAGUGAAGAUUAGUAAGGUGAGUUUCAAGAAUAUCAGAGGUACUUCUGGAAAUGCAGCCGCAGUAACCCUUGUGUGUAGUUCUAGUAAUCCAUGUGACGGUGUGGAGCUAGCUGACAUUGACCUAACUUACUCUGGGAGCGAAGGUCCUAUUACAUCUCGCUGCGCAAAUGUGAAGCCCACUGUUUCUGGAAAACAAAACCCUCCUGCUUGUACUUCUCCGGCCACUCCCAAAUCUCUAUCUGCUUAAACCUAGCUACUUCAUCAAAGAUGAGAUCACCAUGAAUAACAAAAAUUUUGAACGUUUUUUUUUUUUUAAAUUUUAGCUUACAUAAUUAUUCGUCAGAUAAUUUUGUAAUUGCAUACGUUGUUUUAGCAGUACUCAAGUUCUUGUAGGAAAAACUUGGAGUGAACAUAUAGGCCAUAGAGUUUUCCCUGUCUUGAAGAUUCAAAUAAAGAGACAUUUGUUCAUUGACUAUUCUUUUGGCUUAUUAAUUAUAACAAAUCAUCUUGUAUUUAA